GCUUCUGCUGUCUUGCUUCCACCUGAGCUUCUGGACGGCCGCGGACAGGCCCGCCAGGCGAGCCACAUUUCACGUCACAGCAGGUCGCAGUGGCAGCAGCUGCGGGUGGGACAGGGCGUCGUGAUGGCCCGUACGGAGCACGAGCAGGAGGUGCUACGACUCGUACAAAGUCGCAGUGGGAUCAUAUCACUAUCGUACAUACUUGUUGGUACUACUACGUACUACAGGAACGCUGAUGCCGCGGCUUUCCACAUUGCCAUCUGGCCGAGUGUUACAGAGAUCUGGACGUGUUACCGCGGGCACAAGAUGCCGAAAGCUUGCAGCUGGACACAAGGACGCCUUCAGCACAGGCCGGCGCAUGGCACCUGUGUGGAUGGCGAGGUGGUGCCGG